CACUCGUGGGAGAAAGAGUCGAAAGCUUGACAAGCAACGGGCCCGGGCCCGGGCCGGGCCAGUGUCGAGGCGGCGUACUUUGGCGUUCGCAUUCGGUUGUUGGCUUUGGCGUUGGCGUUGUCGUUUGUCGUUUGUCGUGUUGGUGCUCACUCAGUGCAUUGUCCGAUCUUCUCUCCGCUGGCACGUUACGUUGGAACUGUGGAGCUGGCGAGAAAACAAACAAAAAAAAUACAACCAAGCAAAAUAGAGAUCCCCACACCCCUGAACAACCCACAAGCUGUGCCAUAUUUUUGUUUUUGACCGCGAAAAUAUCCGAGUGUGGGUUCGCUUCAGCUGCUUUCUUGGCUGUAAAUAAACGUGUAAUUAAAUAACAUUGUUAAGUGCAACUGACGACUGUAUAUAAAAAUGGUGGAAAUGGCUACCACAACGACUGUAACGCGUACAACCAUCACGGCACCGCCUGGACCUGCCACAGUGCCCUCAUCUUCGGCCACGCCCACGCCUGGCACGCCUGCCACGGCUACCACGGCAGCCUCGCAGGCGCGUCGCAACGAUGAGACCACCCGAGCCAUCUUUAAUCUGAAAAUUAUCUUCUUCCUGGUGCUGCUGCCGCUGAUACUGCUCGCCGUGGGACUGAAGCAUCUGCUGGACUAUCUGUUUGCGCUGGGCCUCAAGGAGAAGGAUGUGAGCGGCAAAGUGGCGCUGGUGACUGGUGGGGGCAGCGGCCUGGGUCGCGAGAUCUGCAUGGAGCUGGCCCGUCGCGGCUGCAAGGUGGCUGUCGUCGAUGUCAACUCCAAGGGCUGCUACGAGACCGUGGAGCUGCUCACCAAGAUACCCCGUUGCGUGGCCAAGGCCUACAAGAACGAUGUCUCCUCGCCGCGUGAACUGCAGCUGAUGGCCGCCAAAGUGGAGAAGGAGCUGGGCCCGGUCGAUAUACUGGUCAAUAAUGCCUCCCUGAUGCCAAUGACCUCAACGCCAUCGCUGAAGAGCGACGAAAUUGAUACAAUUCUGCAGCUGAAUUUGGGCUCCUACAUUAUGACCACAAAGGAGUUUCUGCCCAAAAUGAUAACACGCAAGUCCGGCCACCUGGUGGCAGUGAAUGCCCUGGCGGGUUUGGUUCCGUUGCCGGGCGCUGGCAUCUAUACGGCCACCAAAUAUGGCAUUGAGGGCUUCAUGGCCGCCCUGCGCGCUGAGCUGCGUCUCUCGGACUGCGACUAUGUCCGCACCACAGUGGCGAAUGCCUAUCUGAUGCGCACCAGCGGCGAUUUGCCGCUGCUCAGCGAUGCCGGCAUUGCGAGCAGUUAUCCGGGCCUGCCCACACCCUACGUGGCGGCGAAGAUUGUGAAGGGUGUGCUGCUCAAUGAGCGCAUGGUGUAUGUGCCAAAAAUCUUUGCACUCAGUGUUUGGCUGCUCAGACUUUUGCCCACCAAGUGGCAGGAUUAUAUGCUGCUGCGUUUCUAUCAUUUCGAUGUGCGCAGCUCCCACCUGUUCUACUGGAAGUAAAGGAAGCAAAGGCAGGAAGGGGACAUAUCAGCAUUUACAUGGACAAGCUCUCGAAUGUUGCCCGGCAUUUGCAGCUGUUUAAUUUUUAAUUGUAGAGAUGGAGUACACGUUUAGCUAUUUAUACUAACUCUAAACUUUAAACUUAAAGUAAAUCUA